UACCCUUAUAUAAAGGGUCUAAAGAGAUGUUGGGGUUUUACUUGUUUUGUAAAUUGGCUCAACAAACAUUCACAAUAGUAUAAAGAGUGAGAGGUACUCAAUUCUCUCACUACCCCCACCAAAAAAAGAAAAGGAGAAUGGAAGAGCAACUCAAUUCUCUAGCUGUAACUCAUCUUCUCCAACACACUCUUAGGAGUCUCUGCAUACAUGAGAAUUCCCAAUGGGUUUAUGCUGUUUUUUGGAGGAUUCUCCCUAGAAACUAUCCUCCUCCUAAGUGGGAUGGGGAAGGAGGGGUGUAUGACAGGUCAAGAGGUGUGAGGAAGAACUGGAUACUGGUUUGGGAAGAUGGUUUUUGCAAUUUUGCAGCUUCUGCUGGUGAGGUGAAGGAAUGUGGGUUGCAGCCUGACCUCUUCUUCAAAAUGUCACAUGAAAUCUACAAUUAUGGUGAAGGUUUGAUUGGGAAAGUGGCGGCUGAUCACAGCCACAAAUGGAUCCACAAAGAGCCAAAUGAUCAAGAAAUCAACUUCCUAUCUGCAUGGCAUAACUCAGCUGAUUCUCACCCCAGGACUUGGGAAGCUCAAUUCCGGUCUGGUAUUAAGACUAUUGCUUUGAUUGCUGUUAGAGAAGGUGUCAUUCAAUUAGGAGCUGUCCACAAGGUUGUUGAGGACCUGAGCUAUGUAGUGCUGCUGAGAAAGAAGGUGAUCUACAUCGAGAGCAUACCGGGAGUUUUGUUGCCACAUCCGUCAUCGUCUUCAUCGUCAGCAGGCUACCCUAUGAAGAUGGAUGCAUACGGUGCGCCUCAAGAAGCGUGGCAUUAUCAAAACAACAUGAUGAAUCCGCUUGCAAAUGAGUAUUACGAUCAUCAGUUUCAAGCUGAGGGGAUGAGAAUAGCCCUAUCGAUGAGCAGCCUCGAAGCCCUUCUGUCGAAGCUGCCCUCGGUGGGGCCCUCAUCAAGGCCGGUGGAGCUGAUGAAGGAGGAGGAGGAGGAGGAGAAUGAGUAGCAUGCCGCCGGGCUACUACGGUUUUCAUCAUCAUGAUUUGAAUGUGAGUAGCAGCAUGAACAACAGUGGAUGCUGAUGGUGUUCAUGUUUCUUCACUAUUGUAGUAAGUUGUAUGCUUGUUUAUUAUUAGGAUUUAAUUUGAUAAUAUGUUGUUUGUAGCCUUCUAAUUUCAUCUUGGUCAGUCUAGAAUAAGGGCCAAAUAUAUUUAUUCAA